AUGAGCGACGAGUCCGUCUGGCCUUCCGCGACGAUGGUCGGAAGGCUCUCACGACGAGACGCGGCCGCCUACCUCACCCGGCUGAGCCUCCCACACGCCCUACUCGACUCGCGACCCUCCCUCGACCUCCUCCGGCAACUCCAAUCCGCCCAUGUUCUCGCCGUACCUUUUGAGUCGCUGAGCAUCCACGUUGGGGACUGGCACGAUGACGAGGCGGAGAUCAACCUCGGCGGUGGAGAACUCGUCGGACUGGGCGACAAGGCCUUCAACCGCAUCGUCAACCUCAACCGCGGCGGCUUCUGUUUCUCGGCCAACUCGUCAUUCGCGACGCUCCUGCGGUACUGGGACUUCCGCGUGAGCGAGUGUGCCGCGCGCGUGUUCAGUCACCUGCGGAAGGACCCGGAGGACACGGGCUUUAGCUGGGAACCGACGUCUCACCAAAUCAGCGUCGUCGACUGGGACGGCUCUGACGGGCGAUACUUUGCCGACAUUGGCUUUGGCAGCGGGAACUGCGUCUACCCCAUUCCCUUCCACGACGGCGCAACACAGACUUCAAUCCCUACCGACGACUUCUUCGAGCUGCACUGUACCGACCGCCUACCCGGCUCAUCCCCUCAUCUCCAGCCCGAUAUGCAGCCCUACUGGACAGUCUGGCGCCGAGCAGCUCGUGCCGACGGAUCGUCCUACAUGUCCCCACUCUACUCCUUUGUCCUCCAGUCCGUCGCGGCUGUCGACUUCGCCGUCCUGAACAACUACCAGUACUCGUCGACGAACAGCCGCUUCCGCACAAUGCUUGUUUCGACGAUUCUGCGCUCGAAUGGCGAGCGGCGAACACUCGUUUACUUGGACGGUAUGACCGACGACGAGGGAAAGAAGGCGGCAAAGGUCUACACGAUGACAGCUGUUGAGGAGGGCAAGCGGGAGGAGGAGAAGGAGAUCGAGUGGGUCCCGAUGCGAGUUGGGCCAAUGAGGCGGGUCCUUGAGCGCGACUUUGGCAUGCGCUUCCCGGCGGAGUAUGCGGGAAACUAG